CCUUCCGAAUUCACGUCAAUGCAAGUGAAGCAGGCUCAUGGAUUGUCCGUAGAGCUGGAAUUCGGACGUCCGGACUCGUACAACGGGUCUCCCGGACCAAUUCAGGUCAUAAUUAUAGAUUCUUCGGUUACUCCUCCGCACCAGAGGACAGCAUCGUUCGCCGUUUCCUCUGAAGACAUUGUGUUUACUGUAAACAAUCUUCUGCCAAACAAAACCUACGAUCUCCUAAUUUCACCCUCAACGUUGCCCGACAACGAGAACAAUGGUGGCGGCUUUGGUCCUCAGAAAAUCAUUUCUGUGGCAACCCUGAGCAAAGGUUCGUCUUCCCUUCUGUCUCCAGGCCUUCUUUAG